AUGCAACCACCUGGGCGAAAAACAUUACUAUCGACGAUACCACCAAUAAGGGAUCCGAUCCACUGGGUUUCGGCCAGAGGCAAAACAUACAGAAAGGUUAAAUCCGAUGAGGAAAACGACGGCACCUUUCUCCGCAUAUGUGAGACCUGUCAGUCUGGAGAUCGAGCUAUUUUCGAAGUAGCGAGUACCGACAACAAGGCUACCUUCACUGUCGCCUUAAUUGUCUUUCUCCAGAAAGAGGAAUGCGACCCAGGCCAUGCGGGUGGUUCAUCAACGCUUCUCUAUAGCCCAAACCCAAGCGCCAAUAGACCUUUGGAGAUGGAUUCUGCGAUGCCAUGGGUUAUCUUGCAAGCUCCCUCCAGGCGGGUCCGUUUGUCGACUGGCGAUUCGACAAUGAAGACAUAUCCGCUGAGCUUUACCGCAACAAUCGGCGAAACAUUGCAGAAAUAUAUCCGAGUGUGGAACAAGACUUUGCGGAAACUCCGAGCUGUCGAGCAAGCAGUUAUCUUCUUGCACCAACAAGAGGGGCCGACCCGACCUGGUGGUAGCCAUACUGCGGCAUUUGUCGAACUUGCCGGUGGCGACGAAAGUAGGUCGCAAUAUAUUUUUGGAGAUAGAUUCUGCGGUGCUGAAGGUGUCUGGCGAGGGACGCUUCAAGCCGGAUUACAUAUUCGUUGCGGGUUUGACAAGUGCCCCAAGGCAAUGGAGACGUACCGGCUGAACUUCACUUCAGCAGUCGGGGAGACAUGCGAAGUGGCACACUUCCUCACCAACGACUCCGAGGAUAUCAUUGUUGAUAUCUUGCACUUCUCUCCUCCUUGUCAGACGUUCUCUUCCGCUAAGACAAUUGCUGCGGCCACUGACAGCGCCAACGAGGCCUGUAUUUUUUCAUCCCGCGAGCUCCUACUUAAGAUUAAACCGCGAGUAGCCACUAUGGAAGAGACGUCCGGCCUUCAAGAGAGGCACAAGGAGUUCCUCUAUGCGACGAUUCACACCUUCGUCGACCUCGGAUACUCUAUCCGAUGGAAGUUCUCGGAGGCGAUCCAAUAA